AUGGCAGGAAUAGACACACGGGAUGACUACCUCGAGCUUGGGGGUAGUUUCCUUAAGGAUCUACCCCCGUCAAUCAAAAGAUAUCCAUACGAAGGCGCGGAUUCUUUCUUUCAUAUCUUGAAUCUCCUACCCUCAGGACAUGACAGAACUGAAUUUGCUCUGUUCCAUGCGAGUCGUGAAACGAUUGAACACUUAUUCUCCCCAAUCAACGAAGGAACUACCAUCACUUCCCAUUGCUCAUCAUAUGAUCUGACCGAAGAGCUCUUCCUCGUCAAAAUGCCUUCAACCGGACAUUCGGUUGCAUCCGGUGCCGUUAAUCUCGCCAUCACCGAACCCCUUCGACCAAUGGGGCUCUUUAAUAGCCUUCACAGAUACGGCAAUGGAACUGUCAAGGGGAGAGACAAGGGAAAGGAAGGUGACCAUGGCUGGGGCCCUAGAAGGCCACCACCUAGAUACGCAAAGCGCCCUUCAGUUGCUCUAGAGGUCGCCUACUCAGGGUCCGAUUCAAAAUUGAACUCAGAUGUUCGAUUCUGGCUGAAUCCAGAUGAUGGAAACGCGAAAAUAUGUCUUACUCUACAGAUCGAUAGCGUAAAGCCAAGAAUCCGUAUUGAGAAAUGGCAACUCCAGAACGGCAGACCACAUCGCUCCCAAAUUAUUUGGAUUACCAAAGUGUCAAACCAGAUGGGAGUCACCAACCACCCUCUCGUCAUACCAUUCGAAGAUUUGUUUCUUCGACCUCCAUCCACACCCGCCGAAAGAGAUAUUCAAAUCUCAAAGGAAGCACUCGAGGAUGUCGCAGAUAAGAUCUGGGAUAUGCAGGGCCUGUAG